UCCGCGACUAACAUUGAAUACCUUGAACACAUUCCUCACUAAUAUAUAGAUGACCACUGUUCGGCGGAAAAGAAAAGAACACCUCCCAGCUACAUGCAGCCAGGUGAAACUGCCAAAAUCAUGGUGUUCUGGCAAAAAAUUCAUUUCAGUCAUCGCGAGGCUUCCUGAUGAUAAACGAGACGCUAUUACCGAAAUGGGAUUUGGAGGACUUCUACACUUGGCUUGUCGAGAACUACGCUACGAGUUGUGUUCUUGGAUAAUUUCUAAUUAUGACACUGCCUACCAUCAACUGAAUAUGGCUACUGGCGUUGUUGUCCCGGUAAUAGCACAAGAUGUCGGCAAUAUUAUGGGCAUCCCAUGUAAUGGUGAGGAGAUUGUGGUGCAUACUAGGAGAGACACCUCUAAUCGCACCUACACCAUAAGUCUAUUGGAGCAAAAUCUAGAGAACUUGGCCAUUGGUGAUGACUUCAGGAAGACUUUCUUGAUUUUUGCAUGUGCCACCCUACUUGCACCUAACUCCAAGCUUGAAGGAAUACGUGACCUAUGGGACACCAUAUGGGAUGAUGACGUUGGUGUCCAAGAGAAUUGGUCAAAAUUUGUCCUACAUUACAUAGAGGAUGGAAUCAGAGAAUACCAGAAAAACCAGCCAACUUACAUACGCGGUUGCUUUAUUUUUCUCCAGUUUCAUUUAAAUUACAAUUUAUUUUAA